AUGAGCGAGGAGUCCGGGUCAUCGGAAACGGUCGUCGGCGCGCCUGUCGAAGAGAGGAAGAAUGUUUGUCUACUACUACAGCUACCAGUCGAGCUUCGCUUGCAGAUCUAUCAGUAUCUGCUCACGAGCUCGGAGGCGCAGCUCGCGACGCUGCGACCGCUCACGACGAGAAAGCACCUCAGUUCGUACUUGAUCCCGGCGCUCAACAUCCACCCCAAUAUACUGCGGACCUGCCGGCUCAUCCACGAAGAGGCGGGGCCAAUCCUGUACAAGAGCAACACGUUCUGCGCGCAUCCUACACAGCUGACCGAGUGUCCGUUUCUUGUAUCGUCGGAUCGGGUGGUCCACUACUCCAGGUUCAAGAGCAAGAUCAGAAAGUGGUACAUCAGCUUACGGCUGGACAUUGAUUCGCGGCUGAAGGCCAGCGAGGUCGAGGCCGCGUUCACCGGCGUCGAUAGCCUCGAGAUCGAGGUCUGGCAGGCCAUGUUCGCAAGCGCGGACCUGCGCGUCCUGAAGCUGUUUGAGGGAGUCAGAGAUGUGUCCACCGUCAAGAUACAUGGCAGCGUGAGCAGAAGGUACAGCGAUUGGCUGGCUCGGUGCAUGACGAGCUGCCCUGGCGCACACAUCGAGCCGUACGUUGACGAGAAAGACUGGGACGCUUGGACGCAUGGGAAUAGAUGA